AUGGAAUUGCUAACCAAGCAAAGGCUGAACUCAAUUCAACAGAAGCAAUUUUAUACACCAGAUCCUUGGCCCGUCAACAGUGGGUACUUGGACUUUGUGAGCGAUACCACAGACACUGCCUAUCUGCGAUUCUAUGUUGGUCAGGCCGAGAAGACCGUCUUUCGCAUCAAGAUGCACAUCCGCAAUAUCCUACUUGGCGCGCAUAAUACUUUGCACUACUACGUUAUUUGGAAAGGCAAAGGACACCGCGUUGCCAAUUUUUUGAGACUGUGGGUCUUGAAUCUCCCCGAAGGUGUUGACAACGCUAUCAAGCUUGUUCUCAAUAACAUACUGGAAAUGACUAUGUGCUGCUGUUUCCAGUCGUUGCCAACAAACCUUCUUGAGAGAUGGCUUGAAAACCCUGUGAAAUCACCGUAUUGGGGAAAGGGCUUAAAUGUCAUAACCCCACUAGUUCAAGAUUCCCCAGACCCGGAUAUCCGGGCUUGGCCUGAGGUUCGGCACAAGCAAAUCCAAGAGGAACGAUCGCAAUCAAAAUCUCAAAAUCGCCGUGUACCACCCCUACCAGGUGUGAGUGAAUACUUUAGGGCUUUGGAAGAGGCAGUACAGAGCUCCGUAGGGCCCCAUUCUAUGUUUAACGUUGAGUCCGCAUGCAGCGAGAAGGAAUACUCUCUUCCGGAUUUUGAGCAAUAUGCAGAGCAACUGACGAAAAUCACGGGCACAUGCCCCAAUUUGCUGCCUCCAUUUGGUGACCUCACCGCACGUAUAGGUAUCAUCUUGGAACAUGGAUAUUUCACAACUACAGAAGACACUCCUUCAGUGAAAAGCAAACUAGACCUUCCCUGGGGACUAAGUCAUACUGGCUUCGACGAGAAAAACUGCCUGAUAUGGCCAUUCAGGUUCCAGGAUAACCAAGAGGUUGCAAAUCUGAAUAAUGUCAAAUCUCUCACUACUGAAGAGGCCAAUGUUCUCGGUCAGCUCAACCACCAGUUGAUCAUCAACAGCGAUCUCAAAGUCAUCAUUAUGUCUGGCGAAAGUAUCCACGACCUUAUCUUGACAAGUCACCGUGCCGACUCGAAGUUGGUUCCUACUAGCCUUCAUCUCCGUGGAUAUAGCAUCCAAGCAUACAUUGAGGCAACUGGCUCAAACGUGGAGAGGCUCUAUAUCAAGUCUCCCGGGCUUAUUGGAUCAUUUUGGGCUGAUAAAUGGUCUGCUUCUAUCCAAAUAGAAGUUUUGAAAAGUCCGGCAAGCUCCCCGGCAGUCAUCGCUUCAGAAUUCAAACCUCAGGAUUCUUCGAAUGCCCUUGACGAGGAACAUCAGUUGGAGGCAUCUAUUACCGAUCAGCACAUCGAGGAAUGCAUGGAACAAGAAGAGGACAUCGAGCCUGAGACUCUCACACAAGUGGCACUUGAUAAUGAAGGGGCCUACCAAGUUACUCUUCAUCCUGGUGACCGAGGGAACCCACGAAAACUAGGUACCAGAGCCCUAGAUGAGUCGCUCAAGCGAAUAUCUCGAACGUCAAUGGGGACACAGAUAAGUCUUCUUGCGGGUCGAACUUAUGCAGGAAGCCGCCGUCAAACACAAUCAGUUGAUGAAUAUACGAUAUAUGUCCAUCAUCUGACAUUACGCAUACAAACACCACUUUUGGACCAGAUUGACACAGCGGCAGGCUUUACUGUUCAUGUGGAAAUUAAGCCGAGUGGAGCAUCACAUCCAAACCGUUGGGCUAUCAAUGCUCGCACAGACGAUAAAGCAAUACAACUUGGCUUCCGUGUUCGCAUGAAGCUCAAGAAUGGAGAGUAUUUUGAAUACUACCCGAAAUCAUCUUCUGAUGGAGCUCCGAUGGUCGCAAAUUCCUUUGUUGAUUGGAUGGAGGGCUAUCUUGAAGAGGAAAUUAUCCAAAGGCCAAGAAGAUAUGGCUUUGUUGAUGUUGUUGUGAAAGCAGUUCCCGAUUCCCUGAGACCUUUUGUUGGGGGCGCGUAUACCGAUGAUGAAGGUAAUAUUGUUCCCAAGAAAAGGAAGAGAGCCCCUACUUCGGUCGAACAAUCAUGA